AAACCGCAAAAUAACCGACUGUGUUUUCUAGACCAAUUGACGAAGAAAUGAAAUAACAGAAUGGACAUUCUACAUGUGGUUACCAGUUGAUAAUUCGAAGGAAAUAUAAUUUUGUGACGAAAAUUCCAUAGAAAAUAAACUCAUGUAUAUGCAUGUUUACAAAAGAUAAAAUGUAUUAAUCGUACCUCUUUAGAUAAACUGCAAGUAGUUAUCAAAUCCGUACGAUGCAGAACAGUGUGCCAAUAAUACCACUAUCGACAUAACACAUAUCUGGAUGUGACCAUUAUUUAUUAUGCCGAAUUGGUUCUAUUUCGUUGGUUGAAUUCAGACAAUGAAUAGGUAUAGAAAUUUAAUCGAUAUGGAUUCGCUGUCAAGAAUUUUAUUUGGAUUGUCAUUCAUAGUUCAUGCCAGUGUAGAUGAAGUGAAUGCAAGGGUCAUCCCAAACAAUAUUCAAAAUCGUUUUGAAAGUUAUGAUAACUUUUUCGUGGGUGGAAAUGCUAUCAAAAGUCAAACCAAAAGUGAUGUAGAUCCUGCUGAACCUGGCAGGAAGACGAUCUAUCAUCUGUCAACACAAUUGCCCCCCACUUCGAAAUUCCCCAAAAAAGAUGAUUUUUCAUUUGUUGAUAAUGAUAUCAUUGACUUAUACCACAAUGUUGAUGAUGAGUAUAAGGAUUUUUCUGAUAAUGAUGGUGAUAUUAAAGGAGAGGACGAUGCAGAGAAAAAUUGGAACAUUUCUAUUUAUACAGAUAACAAAGGAAACAUUUCGAUAAAAACCAUUCCACUUCAAAUAACAACGCAAGGAUACAUUUCGAAAAGAAGUGUUCCUAAUACUGAUGAUGAAGAUUUAGAUUUUUUUGGUAGCGGUAGUGGAAGUGGAGAUGAACGCAAUGCAACUUUGUCGUCUACUAAGAGGGAUUUCAAAAAUGACAACAAUGUCAAUAAUAAAAAGACUACCAGAGACUUGAUAUCAUCGGAAAACAAAUUAAACAGCAGCAUCAGUGACAACGAAACUGUCAGUGGAAAUUACAGAAAAAAUCAAAAUCAUUUUGCAAAUGCACCUAGGAAAGCAUUAAAUAUCAAUUUAUCUUUUACUGAUGAUGAGGAUUUAGUAAUUUCUGGUAGUGGCGAUGAAAGAAAUGAAGAUACACAUGAUAAUAUUACGUUUCAUUCAUCAAAUACCAAUAGCAUUUUCAAAGUCACAUCCUCCACCUCAAACAAAUCUAUUCGAACUGAAGAUAAUCCUGUUGUUGAAAGUAAUAUCAAAAAUAGAGAAGCUACAAAAUCAUCAGAAAACAAUUUAUCUGAAAUAAUAACCCAAAUGCCUACUGUAGAAACUAAUUUUUUCAAUAGCGAUGAUGAAGAUUAUGAAUUUUCUGGUAGUGGUGAUGAUAACAGAGAUGAAAACCUUGUGAACCCUAAAGAGUUUUUUACAGACAAAGAGGUACAUUUUUAUGUGAAUAGUAUUCCUACUGUCGAAAAUACCAUCAAACAAAUCGAAGCAAAACAUUCAUCAAAAGCCAAUUCAUUUGAAUCAACAACCCAAUUAUUUGUUUCAAAACAAUUUCAUUCUAUCACUAAUGACGAAGAUUACAAAUUAUUUGGUAGUGGUGGUAAUAUAAAUGAAGAUGAAGAUUCUCUAGAUUCAAUUACAAAAGACCAAGUGGAGUUUAAUUUGAAUGAUAUUAAUACUCUUACUAUUCCUAUUAGAACUGUAACCAUUCACAUUUAUCAUGAUGAAAGCAAAGAUAACGAAGAAAGAAAUCUGGCAAAUACAUCUGAAAUAACAAACGAAAUGCAUAUCACAAGGUUUGUUACUCUUGACAGCGAUGAUGAAGAUUACGAUUUCUCUGGAAGUGGUGAUGAAAAUUCAGGUGAUGAAAAUUCAGAACUGUUUGUUAUAGAGACCUUUGUUGCUAACAACGAUGAUGAGGACUAUGAAUUUUCUGGCAGUGGUGAAGAUGCUAAUUCUUCAGAUUCUAUUACAGACAACACAGCAGAGUUUAAUUUUCAAUAUAAUUCUAGUCCUCCUACCAUGGUCAGUGAUUUUGAGGGAUCACAUGAGAAUAUUUCUUCCAGACGUAACAAAAGUGGCACCACAUAUUAUGAAACCACAAACUCAUUGGGAUCUAAUUUAUGUAGAAUAACAAAUGAAAAACAUAUUUUGAAGAAUGUGGUUUCCAAUAGUGAUAACGAAGAUGAAGAGUUAUCUGGUAGUGGAGAUGAUGAUGAUGAUGAAUAUGAUAUAUCGGUUACAAUUGACAAGGAAAAGUUUUACGUACAAAAUACUGCUGAAACUACUACACCUUAUACAACAACUGGUUUGGCGAAAUUUUCACGCACUGUUUCUAUUGAAAGUGCCAGCAAAAACAAAAAUAACAAAGCAACCAGAUCUUCAGUGGACAAUUCAACUGAUUUAACAACCAAAAUGUAUGUUAUAAAGACCUUUGCUGCUAACAACGAUGAUGAGGAUUAUGAAUUUUCUGGCAGUGGUGAUUAUGCUAAAUCUUUAGAUUCUAUUACAGGCAACAUAGCAGAGUUUAACUUUCAAUAUAAUUCUAGUCCUUCUACCAUAGUCAGUGAUUUUGGGGGAUCAUCUGAGAAUAUUUCGUCCAGCCGUAACAAAAGUGGCACCACAUAUUAUGAAACCACAACCUCAUUGGGAUCUAAUUCAUUUAGAAUAACAAAUGAAAAAAAAAUUUUGAAGAAUGUGGUUUCCAAUAGUGAUAACGAAGAUAAAGAGUUAUCUGGUAGUGGAGAUGACGAUGAUGAUGAUGAUGAUGAUGAAUAUGAUAUAUCGGUUACAGGAGACAAAGAAAAGUUUUACGUACAAAAUACUGCUGACACUACUACUACUACACCUUAUAUAACAACUGGUUUGGCGAAAUUUUCACGCACUGUUUCUAUCGAAAGUGCCAGCAAUAACAAAAAUGACAAAGCAACAAAAUAUUCAGUGGACAAUUCAACUGAUUUAACAACCAAAAUGUAUGUUAUAAAGACCUUUGCUGCUAACAACGAUGAUGAGGAUUAUGAAUUUACUGGCAGUGGUGAUGAUGACAAUUCUCUAGAUUCUAUUACAGGCAACACAACAAAGUUUAAUUUUCAAUAUAAUUCUAGUCCUCCUAACAUAUUCACUGAUUUCGAGGGAUCAUUUCAAAAUAUUUCAUCCAGCCUUAACACCAGUGGCACCAAAUAUUAUGAAACCACAAACUCGUUGGGAUCUAAUUCAUCUAGAAUAACAAAUGAAAAACAAAUUUUAAAUAAUGUUAUUUCCAAUAGCGAUAACGAAGAUGACGAGUUAUCUGGUAGUGGAGAUGAUGAUGAUGAUGAAUAUGAUAUAUAUGUUACAAAUGACAAGGAAAAGUUUUACGUACCGAAUACUGCUGAUACUACUACUACUACUACUAUACCUUAUAUAACAACUGGUUUGUCGACAUUUUUACGAACUGUUUCUAUUGGAAGUACCAUCAAUAACAGAAAUAACAAAGCAACCAAUUCUUCAGUGGACAAUUCAACUGAUUCAACAACCAAAAUAUAUGUUAUAAAGACCUUUGUUGCUAACAACGAUGAUGAGGAUUAUGAAUUUUCAGGCAGUGGUGAUGAUGCUAAUUAUCUAGAUUAUAUUAAAGGCAACACAGCAAAGUUUAAUUUUCAACAUAAUUCUAGUCCUCCUACCAUAGUCACUGAGUUAGAGGGAUCAUUUCAAAAUAUUUCGUCCAGCCAUAACAAAAGUGAAACAAAAUAUUAUGAAACCAUAAACUCGUUGGGAUUUAACUCAUCUGGAAUAACAAUAAUUAAAAAACAAAUUUUGAAGAAUGUUAUUUCCAAUAGUGAUAACGAAGAUGACGAAUUAUCUGGUAGUGAUGAUGAUGAAUAUGAUAUAUCUGGGAGUGGUGAUGAAAAUUGAGACCGAUUCUCAUUUUAUAUGUGAUCAAUUCGUUGAUGAAGCUUCCAAUAGUAACAGCGGAAUUGUUUUGUUGAUUAGAAAAUAUAAAUAUAGAAGAAUGUGAUGAUACCGAUUGUGCAUAUUGCAACAGUGGUUAUCAAGUAAAACUUCAUAUCCAUUGUGCAAAAAAAUAGGAAACUUUGAGACCCCCUUGAAUAUAUGAUAUAUUUCGUAUAACAGUAUAAGACUGUAUGUUUUGUCGUUGUAGAGGAAGUGUUUCAUUAUGUUCCUUCAGCUGCGUUAUUUGUGUUGUUAUUACUUUGUUGAAUCUAUUGUUUUUUGAAUAUUAUAUUAUUAAAAGGAAUGAACUAGAAGACUGUUCAAACUAAACAGAAAUAUUCAUUUCAAUAAAAUAUAUCAGCUGUAUUCCCAGAUUGAUAAAUACAUAACUUAUAGUAUUAUAUCAUUCCUACAAUGUAAACACUGUCAUAAAAAUGUGAAUAACUGAUUUUUGUACUUUUGUUAAUAAAAUGAAAUGAAACCGAA